AUGGAAAACCUUUCGCUUGAUGCGUUCGUGGUUGUUUUCUCGACAACAGACCGAAUCAGCUUUGACCAAGCCGUAGAAGUUCUUAAGCAACUCCGAGAGGAAGUUGGUGCUCAUAAAGCUAUUAUUCUUGUAGGCAAUAAAGCUGAUCUUGCUCGGAAAAGGAUGAUACCUGCUGAUGAGGGUCGGUCGGCUGCAGACGGUUACGACUGCAAGUACAUUGAGACCUCGGCUGCCUUGAACCACCGGGUUGAUGAACUGCUCGUGGGAAUCCAUAAACAAAUCAGUUUGAAGUGCCAAUCCAUCAACACAACCGCUCUAGAGACACCACUCACAAAACAAAAACACAGAACGAGUUCGUUUAAGAGAACAAAACGAUUUUUAGAGAAGAUUUUCCUUGGAAAUUCGGGCAAGGACAAAACUACUGAAAAUCUGUAUGUUGAGUGA